CUCUCUUUCCGUGUGUUCCAGGAGCGAGAUGGGAUGCGUGCUAUCCUGGAGUCCUAUGACAGUGAGCUGUCUUCUAGUGACUACACUCCUCAACUCAGCCGCAGGCUCAGAGAGGCAGAAGAUGUACUGACCAAGACUCAGAACCACAAUACAGAGAUGGAGGUUCUGUUGACUAAAGCCCAAGAGGAGUCUGGGGCCCUCAAACUACAAGUACAGACUAUGGAGUUGGAGCUGGAGGUUAUGAAGAAGCAGCAAGACUCCGUCGCCGAGGGCAACCCCUUAGCAACGAACGAGGAAGUCAACACACUCCGGCUGAAGAUUGAGGAGUUGGAGGGAGAGCGACAACGUCUGGAAGAACAGAACAAUGUUCUAGAGCUGAGGCUGGAGAGACACAACUUACAGGGAGACUACAAUCCGGUCAAAACCAAAGUCCUCCACUUCAGUCUGAACCCUACGAGCAUGGCCAAACAGCAGCGUGUGGAGGAAGUGGAGGCGCUGAGGGCAGAAGUGGAGUGUUUGAGGGAACGCCUCCGCUCACUGCAGACAGGGGGCGCUGUCCCUCUUGCUGCUGCUGCAGGAGAGACCAGCCUCAGUCUGCCUCCCUCACAGGAGGUCCUGGAUCUGCGUAAACAGAUGGAAACAGCUGAACUGAAGAACCAGCGGUUGAAGGAGGUGUUCCAGAGGAAGAUUCAGGAGUUCAGGACUGUGUGUUAUGUUCUGACCGGCUAUCAGAUAGACAUCACUACUGAGAACCAGUACAGGCUGACCUCUGUCUACGCUGAACACAUGGAUGACUCUCUACUGUUUAAGGUACAAACACACAAGGUGACCAAGAGGUUAGAGUGUUGGGCCAGUAACCAAUCACGGAACCAACAAGGUGGCCAAGCGGUUAGUGUUGGGCCAGUAACCAAUCAGCGAACCGACAAGGUGGCCAAGCGGUUAGAGUGUUGGGCCAGUAACCAAUCACAGAACCGACAAGGUGACCAAGCGGUUAGAGUGUUGGGCCAGUAACCAAUCACGGAACC